AAGUCAGCUCCAUUGCAAAGAGAGACUCUGUUUUUAUGGGAAAGUGCACUAAUUGUAACAAAAGGUCUAAUCUAUUUUAUUGGUCAAAUCUACAGUUUAUAAGUUUGGAUAUUUUGGUUAUUCAUUAAUACAAGGGUACUUGAAACAGAAAAACCUACAACAAGGACCACAGAGCAUACUAACAUGAACAGUUCACAGGAAUAUCAGACCGAUUUGGAGGUGAUUCUGGAAUUUCUCGAGGAGCACUACAGACAGGAAUCUAUAAGGAAAUCCCUAUGGGAAAACACAAAGGAUCUCUGUGCCAUAUCAACUAGUGAAGUUGUGGACACUUCUGGAGAACAAUUCAGCAAUGCGUUAGAAAGAAGAGACUCUCAGCUGCAGCUUUCUGCACCUGUAGCUCAGCAGGUCACAGGGUCUCCAGUCAAAGCAAAUGUAUAUGAUUCAUAUACGGACUGUGGGGCAAACUGCAGUGUUACUGAAGUACACAAUCAGUCAUUAGUCCUUCACAGUGCUUCGAUUGGGCAAGAUUUAAAUGCCCUAAACGGACCAGAUAGACCUUUAACUCAACAUUCAGCACCUGAAAGAAGUGCUAAAUCAUGUGCCAGCAUUACACCUGCAGAGAAAGGGAAAAAGCUGCGUCUAUUCCACUUCCUGUUUGAAGUGCUAGAGGACCCAGGUAUGUCUCACUGUGUGUCCUGGGUGCCAGCUUCGGCUGGUGUCUUCCGCUUUUCUGCCAGGCACAAGGAGAGAGUGGCAGAGUUAUGGGGGCAGAGGAAGGGCAACCGAAUGCCUAUGACCUACCAGAAAAUGUCCCGUGCCCUAAGAAAUUACGCCCACUCAGGAGAGAUCAUUAAAGUGAAAAAGAAACUGACUUACCAGUUCAGUGUUGCUACUCUGUCAACUUUACGAAGUCAGCGUGGAAUAAAGAAUGCACAAUGUGGAUCUAAAUGACAGCUGAAUGACUGCUAUUACCGGGACUUUGCAUGGCUCUGUUUGUCUCCAUUGUGUUACCGUCAUAAUUUGUUAUUCUUAUGGCAUCUUAAUAGGCUUGAAACAGGAGAAGGCUAAAACUACUUUUCAUUUAGUUCCUGCUUUACCAGUCAAUUGUCUUUUGUAACAAACUAAUAAGCUAUGAAGUUUUAUUUUAUAUAGCAGACUCUUAAAUACAUGUUUUAUGUACAUUAUGCAGUCUUUUGCAUGUUAGGUAUCUUAAACCAUUAAAAGAAAUGUCUUGAAAUUAAACAUAUGUCUUGAUGUUAAAGAAUACACAAAUAUGUAUUUUUUUUUUCAUAACCUGUCAAGCUUUUUUAUUAUAAUUUUCUCAUGAUUUUAUUUACUUACCAGGCUAAGUCAAGAGAAAGUAGGCAUUUUUUCAUAAAAGUUCUAAUAAAAAAUUAAGGUAGAACAACAACAAAUAAAAACACAUCUCCUAUACUGCUCAUUUGUCCCCACUGGGUGGCAAUGCUGCUACACUGUUUUGUUUCUAUGGUGGAUUAUCAUUUGUUUCUAUAGUGUACCACAGACACAGAUUUUACUGUUGUUGUUGUUUGUUUUUUUUUUCUUUUAGGAAGCUGUUACUAGAAAAGAAUAUAUGUUUUGUUGAGAAACAUAUAUUUUUAAUUUCCCUAUAUUUUAUUGAACAGGAAAAUAGUCACU